AUGCCGUCGCAGACGCCGCUAGACCUUGCAGCGGCCAGUGGCUACAUCAAGAAGGUCUUCCGCAGUGUGGCCAAGCAUCCAGCGGUGGUGCUGCUGAUCCUGCGGGUUAUCGAGGUCCUCGUGGCUUUGUGGGGGAGGUGGCGACGCAGCGUCCAAUCCAGGCGGCAAGUUCUUUGCCCUGCCAACGAGCUGGAACUGGACCUGGUCCAAG